AUGACGACCCACAACGCAACCGCCACAGCUGCCGCCCAGGCCCCGGCCCCGACCAGGAAGCUCGGCGGCUCGGCAUCUAGCAUUAGCGUCGGCCAGAUCGCCUUCGGCCUCAUGGGCAUGACCUGGUGCUCCAUCGGCAGCAGGACCCCCGAUACCCAGGCCUUUGAGACCAUGAAGGCGGCCGCCGACUCGGGCGCCACCCUGUGGAACACUGGAGCCUUUUACGGCCCUACCGAGGACCCAUAUGCCAACCUGGACCUGCUCAAGCGCUUCUUCGACGCCAACCCGGACUACAAGGACCGCGUCUUCCUCUCGGUCAAGGGCGGCCUGCACCAGCCCUCGUUCCGCGAAAAGGGCAUCUUUGGCUCCUUCUUUGACUCGACGCCGUCCAACCUGGAAGAGGACCUGCGCCACAUCCGCGCCCACCUCGGCACCGACCAGGGCGGAAAGCAGAUCGACUUUUACGAAAUGGCCCGCAUCGACACAAAGGUGCCGAUCGAAGAGGCGAUGCAGAACCUCCUCUCCCUGUCGUCGCAGACCUACACCGACGCCAAGAGCGGCCAAGAGGUGCGGGGCAAGGGGCUGUUCCACCACAUCUCAAUCUCCGAGGUCGGCGCCGAGACGAUCCGGCGCGCGGCCAAGGCGGCGCCGCUGGCGUUUGUCGAGAUCGAGUACUCGCCCUUUUGCCGCGACGCCGACGAGCUGGGCGUCGUGCGCGUCUGCGAGGAGCUCCAGCUGCCCAUCCUCGCCUACAGCCCCGUCGGCAAGGGCAUGCUGACGGGCGCCAUCAAGAGCCGCGCCGACCUGCCCGAGGGCGACAUGAGGCUGACGCAGGACAAGUUUUCCGAAGAGGUGCGUCCCGCCCCUCAUCCCGCGGCCGCCUUCCCUGUGUUGCCCUUGGCGAGCCCAAGCUGA